UCUAUAGUUUCCUUAUCACUUGAGGAUGACAUGCUUAUUAAUUUGAUAAAAAAUUGUAUCCAGUAAAAAUUCGGAACGGUCUGGCGUACAACUGUCAGUGAUGCUGAGUGAACGAACUCCCACGUCAACUACAAGCUCGAACAAGUCAGGACAUGUCGCUCAAGAUACAAAUACCAGUCAACCUUUUACUUCUUCUUGGAGGAUAUCCUCGCGAGUAUAAGGUAAUCAUUAUGAAUGUGAAUACAAGGAAAUGCUCGUAUACUUUAUCUGAAGUCACUUGAAACACUGUGAAAUACC